AGGCGCGACCAGACCUCACCUUUACCACCCGGCCCAUCACCGCGCAAACCUCAUCGCUCGCCGUCGCAUUGAAGUUUGGUAGACUGCCUGUUGGCCUCUUUGACCCUCACUGUGUCCAUGCGACCACCGCCUCGUUUGUUCAUCACCUCGCCCUUGGUUCAAAGCCGCUACCUCCCACAUUUCUGAUAUCACCACCACACGCUCUCGAACCAGAUUCGACUACAGUCCACCACAACGGGCAUCGCCCACCAUGUCGUUCUUUGGCUUCGAUGCUACCCUGCCUAGGGACAGCGGGCACUCGAGGAACGCUCCAGGCUUUGGACAACAUGACGCCUUUGCUGGACUUGGAGGCGGGGCAGCCGAUGACGAUGCCAUUGACUUCGAGGAGACCUACGACGGCCUAGGCAAUCAGCUCGACGACAUCGACGAUGUCCUCAAUGACGACACCUUUGGCGACGGUCCUGCUACCCAGCAGUCCAUUGGCAAGGACUUCGAUUUCGCCGGCCAGACAUCGAUGAUCUCGAACACGCUGCAGGAGGAGCAGAUGCUUUAUCAGGCCCGCCAACAGCCCUUUCAACAGAGGCCUCCCGUGCCUCAUGCCUCGAAGCCGAAUAGAAGUGGCUAUGAGAGCUAUAAAGAUCCCGAGUAUAUCCCUCAACUGGAGGCGCGCGCGGAUAUCUGGGGUCUCAAGCCUAAGCAGCCUGCUGCCCAAAGGCAACCGGAGCCUUGGCCUCCUGCGAUUGCUCCGCAGCCUGCACAAUCGAGGAAGAUGAUGAGCUUAGACGAGGUCGAGGCCAUGAUGCGUGCUCAAAGCAUUGGAACUCCCCCAGCCCAGCAAACACUACCUCCGGGGCUUCCUGCUCAGUUCCGCCAACAACAACAGCAGUUUCCUCAUGGCCAGCCUCCGUAUCCUGGCAUGCCAGGUGGGCCGCCCGGCCCAUUUGCGCCUCAAAUCCUGCAAAGACCCCAGCAGCAGCAGCAGCAAGGUCCACCGAGACAACAACAACGACAACAACAACAACAACAGGUUCGAGCCGAGCUUCCAGGGCAAUCCAUCCCAAAUCAACCACCUCAGCACCCUACCAUCUUGCAGCGGCAGAGGCCCCAGUCAAAUGAGCCAAGUGCUCAGCAGCAACGACAGCCGCCACCGCAGGCCCAGGGGCAGGGGCAGGGGCAGGGUCCACCUUCUCAGCCUCGCCAGAUCUUGCAGAACCCCAAUCGGCUUUCUGGACAGGGUCAGCCAAUGGCUCAGCCUGCCCCGCAAAGUAAUCGCGGUCAAGUUCCUGGACAUAGCAGGGGGCCCUCAUACCCCGGAAUGGUCAUCACCCAUCCUGAGCAGCUACUCCAGCUUUCCGAGGCAGAACGUGCGGCGUUUCUUGAAGAAGAUGCCAAGCGAGCUAAACGAAAUCAUAAGAUUGCGCUCUUAGCGAAGGACAAUGGUCUGAUGACGCCCCAAGAUAAGAAUUUCAUCACUCGGAUUCAACUGCAGCAACUGAUGACCGCAACUGGUAAUUUGGAUGAGAAAGGUCCCGAGGCUGCCAUUGCUGAAGAUUUCUACUAUCAAGUCUUCAGUCAGAUCCGCGGCGCUCCUCGUCAGAAUCCCCAGCAACCAGCCAACCAAUUCGCUCAAACUUAUCUCUUCCAGACCAACAAUAGAUUCGGAACUCGUAGGCAUGGACGAGGAGGCGACAACCAUAUGCAACGUAUGGAGCAGCAGAUUCAGCGAGCGGUUGAGGCUGCUAAAGCGAGGCCAAAAGCAAGGCAGCUUGUUGUUGAAGGGAGCCUAGGAAAGAUCGCCUUUAGCAACUCCAAGACACCGCGGCCAUUGCUCAACCUCAAGCGACCGGAGACUAACGAUAAACUUCCAAAGCAUCACAAAUCUUCUAUCGCAGACCGUAAGGAGGCUUUACGGAAUAUUGAGGCUGUAUACGUAACUUUGAUGCAAAUGGAGGACCACGAGCGAGCUCUGCCACCACCAAUUCGUGAAAACAGCCCCCCAGAGGCCAUACAGGCACACAUGGAAUGGAGAUCGAAAAUUGAGGCUCUUCACAAGCAGCUCUGGCAAAACACUAAGAUUAUGGAGCCGAUCAAUCCACAUGCAACGACCCCCCAUCCGUUUGUCUCCAUCCUUGCGCAUGCCAAGGGAAAGAAGGCUAUCCCUCGUCUCUUCCGCCACAUUGACGAGCAAGAACGCAUCACGGUCGUAACCAUGAUUGCAGUUCACCUCGACGGCCUCUCUGUGGUCGGUCACGCCAUCGCUACACCUGAAGAGCCUCUGAGCGCGGCUAUUCGCGAAGAAGUCGAACUUUUCACGCAAACGGUGCUGCCACCGCUCUCCGCGCACAUUUCCGAGGCGCCUCUCAAUAUUGUUAUUGGCCUCCUUGGUCUUAUCCUAGACCGCACUAAUCUCCAUGUUGCUGCUAGAAGCAGAAUCGGCCUGUCCCUGCUCACGAUUCUCAUUUCUCGUGCCGAACUUCUCAAGCAAUCAGCUCCUGAAAUGGUAACCGACUGGGAGCAAUGGACUGAGCUCUACAACCGGUUGUUUGACACAAUCGAACCUGUGCUUGCGGUCCUCUUUCCAGGAACCAUCAAUGACACAGAUGAUAUAUACAUCUGGCAAUUUUUGGCUGCCAUGGGUGUGGGCGCCAGUCCCGAGCAGCAACAGAGACUCGUCCUCGGCGUCAAGGACCGUGUGAUGGAGACGGUCUCCGUGAGCAAGGCCCUGCCAGCUGACAUGGCGAGCGCCCGGUUGGCCAAUGUGAAUCUCUUCAUGAGGGCUAUUGGAUUGGAUGUAGAGCUGCUUGGAUGAGCUUAGCCAAAAGAUGCUAAUUUUGGAUCUGGUUAUGCGAACACUACCGACAGUCAGCCUAGAUGAGCCGGCGUUAGAAGAUUCGCCUACAAGUUGGCAUUGCCUGAAGCUGUUGGAGUCUGGAAAAGGAUUUCUCCCGCAGUCAUUGCAGAAUCCUUCUCUGCUCGUUGUACAGCUUAGAGGCACGUGUCAGGAGGUCGUAAGGCAUGGGCGGCUGCAGGCGACAGGGGAAGCGUGUUCGCGCCAUCCACCAUUCUCAUAUUAAUGAAAGAGACACUGGUGGUUGGUCCGUGUAUAAUGGAGGGUCGUCACAGUGAGAAACACUAAAAGCGCUGUUAUUUUAGUACUCGAUUUCAAACAUACGUUAUGCAAUAUUUGCCAUCUUGCCG